AUGUAUAGUUGUUUAUAUCGAUAUAUUGAUAUUAUUGCAAUUUAUGCAGGCCAUUCUGCUGCGAUACCUUUGAAUUUCAUUCCUCUGAUGGCAUCAACAUUUAUAUCAAUAACAAAAGAGGCUCACUUGUUAUCUACUAAAAAUUUAAUUUUUAGCAAACUGCUGAUUAUCCAUCUCAAAAUAAAAAACGAAGCCACUCCACCUCCGCUUCCAUCUCAGAAUAAAAACGAGACCACUCCAUUUCCGCCUCCAUCUCAUAAUAAAAACGCAACCACUCCACCUCUGCUUCCAUCUCAGAAUAAAAACGAGACCAUUUCACUUCCGCCUCUAUCUCAGAAUAAAAACGAUUCCACUCCACCUUCGCCUCAUCACAGAAUAAAAACCACUCCACCUCUGCUUCCAUCUCAGAAUAAAAACGAGACCAUUUCACUUCCGCCUCUAUCUUAG